AUGACCAAAGAGUUCAAAGAGGCUAAGAUGAAAAGUUUCGAAAUGACCGACCUUGGGCAAAUGCACUACUUCCUCGGCAUUGAGGUAAAUCAAGAUGAGAAGGGAACAUUUAUCACACAGGAGAAAUAUACAGAAAAUUUGCUUAAACGCUUCAAGAUGGAGGGUUGUAAACCCUUGGCUACUUCCCUUGUCACAAAUGAGAAAUUCAGCAAAGAAGAUGGCACUCCGAAAGCCAAUGCAGCUAUCUAUAGAAGUAUCAUUGGGAGUCUACUAUAUCUAACAGCUUCAAGACCAGAUAUUAUGUAUCCGACAAGUCUACUAUCAAGAUUUAUGCAAGAUCCAAGCCAAGUUCACUAUGGAGCUGCAAAAAGAAUAUUGAGAUAUUUACAGGGCACACGAGAUUAUGGAAUCUGGUACACACCAGAGUCUUUUUCAAAACUGAUCGGCUACACAGAUAGUGAUUGGGGAGGAUCAACAGAUGAUAUGAAAAGUACAUCUGGUUAUACAUUCUCACUUGGAUCGGGCAUAUUCUCAUGGUCAUCAAAAAAGCAAGAUUGUGUAGCACAAUCCUCGGCAGAAGCUGAAUAUGUCGCAACAGCAUUAACAACAAGCCAAGCUAUUUGGCUAAGACGUAUUCUCAGAUACAUGGGUGAACAUCAAGAAAAUCCUACUGAGAUAUAUUGCGACAAUAAGUCUGCAAUAGCUAUGGCAAAGAAUCCCAUACAUCAUAACAGAACUAAACACAUUGCCAUCAAACAGAGCUGA